CCGGCUUUCCGUCCCACCUUUGAUCUACCCAGAUCUCUUUCUGUCUCUUUUUGACGGGUUUCUUUCUUACUUUUGCAUUUACUUUUUGCCGUAAACUUUGACAUCUCAAACGCUCGUUUUUCCCAUUUGGACUUUUAUUUCCCGGUCCUGUCUUCUUUUGGCUGGAGGGUCAGUUCACACGCUUUGAGGUCUGGUGCUUGUGUCGCUCGCUUACAAGCUACCUCGAUUGACCAACAUAUCACGACGUCGUCUCAUCAAUACCCAUUUCUUAUAGAGGACUCAUAUCUGAUCUCGGUGACAUCAUGUUUUCUUCACCGGCAGCCUUUGUGGCUCAGGCCGCGCUUCUGGGAGGUCUUCUAGUUCAAUCGGUCGAUGCACAGUAUUACAAGAUUGGAACAAAGGAGGAGAUCAAGCAAUCAGCACGAACACUUGCGUAUGAUCUCAUGUUGCAAUAUGACGGUAAUCAGACUGGCAUGAUUCCCGGUAUCUUGCCAGGUCCCCCGACAGAAUACAAGGGCGACUACUACUGGUGGGAAGGUGGAGCGAUGAUGGGAACAUAUAUCGAUUACUGGAAGCUCACCGGCGACGAGAGCUACAACCACAUAGUGAUGGAGGGCAUGCUUCACCAGACAGGAGACGGCCACGAUUACAUGCCCAGCAACCACAGUGCAUCCCUCGGAAACGACGAUCAAGGCUUCUGGGGCAUGUCCGCUAUGCUCGCAGCAGAGAACAAAUUCCCCAAUCCUCCGGAUGACCAACCCCAAUGGCUCGCCCUUGCACAGGCCGUAUGGACGACACAGGCUAAGCCCGAGCGACACGAUGACGAGUGUAAUGGUGGAAUGCGAUGGCAGAUUCCCUUCACCAACUCUGGAUACGAUUACAAGAACACUAUUGCCAACGGUUGCUUCUUCAAUAUCGGUGCUCGUCUUGCGCGAUACACAGGAAACGAAACUUAUGCGAAACACGCCGAAGAGACUUGGGAGUGGCUCUGGAACGUCAACUACAUCGAUCACGACAAGUGGCUAGUCUACGAUGGCGGACACGUUGGAAAGAACUGUACCGACAUCAACAAGGCCACCUUUUCCUACAACGCCGCUAUUCUCAUCCAAGGCGCUGCCUUUAUGUACAACUUUACCAACGGAUCUGACGUAUGGGGUGACCGUAUCGACAAGCUCCUCGACGCCACACUAAAGAACUUCUUCCCCAAAGACAUCAUGUACGAAGUCCCCUGCGAAGGCCGCAAAGGCGCCUGCUCCACCGACAUGUUAUCCUUCAAAGGCUACGUCCACCGGUGGCUCGCCGUAACAACACAAGUCGCCCCCUUCACCGCCAAGAAGAUCCUCCCCGUGCUGCAAAAAUCCACCGAAGCAGCCGUUAAGCAAUGCACCGGCGGAGAUUCCGGUCGCGUGUGCGGUUUCUACUGGAGCGACGGGACAUUCGUCGAUCCCGCCGUCGACGAGACCAGCGGUGCGGGCGAACAGAUGAACGUGCUAGCUGCGGUGUCGAUGUUGUUGAUUGAGGACGCUGAACCGCCUGCGACGAAUAAGACGGGUGGUAUUUCGAAGGGUGAUCCGAAGGCCGGUGAGGAUUCGCAUGAUAAUCCUGAGCCGGAACCUAUUACGACUGCGGAUCGGGCGGGAGCGGGUAUCCUGACGUUCUUGGUCCUAGCGGGUGCGGUUGGAACGUUUGGAUGGAUGUGUUUUGAUUGAGCGAUUUGAAGUUUGGCGUUGGUUAAACAUACAAACUCGACUGGCGAGCGAGGCAUACUUCUGUUUGUUAUUUGCUGUUUGUUCUUUUGUUGGAGAAUGGAGUUGCGUGUCCCCAGGAUUGAAGGGAUUGUAAGACCUUGAUGGGAGAUACCCACUGAUAGGCA